UAUCUCUCUCCUCCCUAGCGCGUUUCUCUCCCCUCCUCUCCUGCAACAAACGCCUCAUCUCGAUCUCCUCCAUCUCCAUCUAUCUCUCGUGCAUUGCACAGGGAAAGGAACAAAGAAGCACGCAGCCAUGGCGAAUUCUGCGUCUGGUCUUGCGGUGAGCGACGAGUGCAAGGUGAAGUUCCGGGAGCUGAAGGCGCGGCGGAGCUUCCGGUUCAUCGUGUUCAAGAUCGACGAGAAGGCGAUGGAGAUCCAGGUGGAGCGCCUCGGGGAGACAAGCCAAGGGUACGGCGACUUCACCCACAGCCUCCCCGCCGACGAGUGCCGCUACGCCAUCUACGACCUCGACUUCGUCACCGUCGAGAACUGCCAGAAAAGCAAGAUCUUCUUCUUCUCAUGGUCCCCUGACACGGCAAGGACUCGGAGCAAGAUGCUGUACGCGAGCUCCAAGGACAGGUUCAGACGGGAGCUGGACGGCAUCCAGUGCGAGAUCCAGGCCACCGACCCCAGCGAGAUGAGCCUCGACAUCGUCAAAAGCCGAACCAACUGAUUAUCAUCCAUCACC